UCGUUGAUGGAACCCCACCCCAAGGUUGUUCUAGGCCGGAUUGAAGUUUACUCAAUCCAAGGGCCUGAUAGUCUGAUGGCGACCGCCGGAAACUCAUCCCGGAUGUAUUUAAUGGCCUUGUCAUCCCACCUCCCCAGAAGUCUCUGUCUCUCCAAUCGCGCUUCUCUGCCAUAAUGCGUUCCUCACUGCAGCUCCUCGCCGUUUCGGCGCUUCCACUUGCACAGGUCUCCGCUGAGACUGUUCUCGGUGCCUAUGUCUUUGCGCGCCAUGGUGACCGCACUGCAAAGAUCCUCAAGAACACAGAGCUCACUGAUCUCGGGUACCGGGAGGUUUUUAUAACGGGAUCCUCCUAUAACAGUCGUUACAUCAACUCGAGCUCAAGUCAAUAUGUCGCUGGCAUCAGCGAGGAUGUCGUUAAGCUCUCCCAGCUUACUGCUUCGGCGCCAGCCGAUGCUGUGCUCCAGAACUCUGCUACUGGCUUCCUGCAGGGUCUUUACCCUCCUGUUGGCGACUUGGCCAGCCAGGAAUUGCGCAACAAAACAACCGUCCAUGCGCCACUGGACGGCUAUCAGCUGAUCCCACUAUCCUUGAUCGAUUCUGGGGCUAGUAGCGAGGACAGCACUUGGUUGCAGUCAACGUCAAACUGCCAGAAUGGCAUAGUGAGCAGCAACAACUACUAUGGGUCCAAGUUGUACAACGACCUACUCGACUCCACCAAAAGCUUCUACGAAGACCUCGCCCCUCUAAUCAACACCUCCUUCUCUGAAUCCGACAGGACCUUCAAGAACGCCUACUCUAUCUUCGAUUACCUUAACGUUGGUUACAUCCACAACACGACCAACGUCCCAUCCGCGGAGCAACUCCACCAGGCGUUCCUGUACGCCAAUAUCGAACAAUACCACCUGGCCUACAACUCCACUGAAAAGAUCCGCGCCAUCGCUGGCCAAACCCUUGCCGCUGAAAUGCUCAUGGGCCUCAACGAAACAGUCACCUCCAAGGGCAAAGUCAAGCUCCACGUCGAAUUCGGCGCAUACGCCACCUUCCUCUCAUACUUCGGCCUCGCCCAGCUCCCAGAAGUAAACGUCAACUUCACCGGUGUGCCCGACUACGCUUCCUCUAUGGCCUGGGAACUCGUCACAAACUCCACAUCCGACUCUUUUCCAGACCCCAAGGAUAUCAGCGUCCGCUUUUACUUCCAGAACGGCACGCUCUCCUCUUCGGAUGACCUAACGGAGUACAGACUCUAUGGCGAAUCCAGCACCGCAAUCCCAUGGUCGACCUUUGUCGAGAAGACCGAGGAAAUCGCCAUCAUGACCACUGACCAGUGGUGCGACGCCUGCGGGAACACUGACGGGCAGUGCUCUUCAUCUGGCGAUUCCGGCUCUGGAUCCGCCUCGACAGACAGUGCAUCUGGUGGCAGCGGUGGUAUCUCCAAGGCUGUGGCCGGAGUUAUUGGUGCUAUGGUGACGCUUGGUGUGAUUCUCGGCUUGGAGGCGCUCAUCUUGCUUGUCGGCGGGUUCCGGCUUACCAGGAAGGGCAAGGGUGCCGCUUUUGCGGCUGCGGAGGUGGCCGAAAACAAGUAAAUUGUUUACUAGCAGUUCGCCUAAUUAUGUUGCUACGAAUUUAGUUUACGACGCUAAUUUACGUUGAAACGUCUCCAAAAUGAAUUUCGUGUCUUUGGAUUACCAUCCCGUGCGAGGAACCAUAACUUUGUAGAGCAGUACCUAGAAGUACCUGAAAAGCAUAUACCCUAAUCCAGUAUUCAGCAGCAACCCUUCUCCUUUUGCUUCUAUCCAAGCCGAGUCUGAAUCUCUGCUUGUAGCUAUAUGACUACCCAGACUGCUACGUCAAGAUAACAGUCGAUUAAUGCACAAUAUGCUGACAGAUAUAUCCAAUUACUCGGGGUUUAUACUCUACUUGCAUGUUUCUG